AUGGUCUCGAGAGGUAGUAGUCGCAGUAGCUCAGUGAGCUCUACAAAUGGAACGCUGCUGAACCGGCCGGCAAAGAAUGGGAAGAUCAAUGCCAAGGUCGAGUCGAAUACCAAUAAACGAAGCUUACCCGUGGCUGAAUCAAACAACGGUGCAAGCAAACGGAAGUCUGCGAGGAUAGCGCGACUAGAGGAGACGGUGACGCCCAAGCUAUCUGCGAGCCCCAACAUCAAGGAGAGACGAGGUUCGUCUACAGGUUUGGACAGUGACGAGUCGCUGAACUCCGUGGAGUUGUAUAUGCCAACGUUUGACGAGCCUCCUUUAGCGCCCCCAACGCCCGCCUUCACCGGUCUACCGCUAGAGGAGUUUCCCUCGGCAAAGAUCAAGAAGGAGUCGCUAUGGCCGCAGAAGAGCAGCAAGAAGGGCAAGGGCAAAGACGAGAACAACGGCGCGGGUGGCUACGAGCAACUUAUCGUCGACAAGAAAAACGAAAAGCUUGUGCGUGGCUAUGUCCGUGACUUGAAGACGCAGCUAACGAACGAUAUAACCGAGGAGAGUGAAAUAAGAGACUCGGCGACCAAAGCGAAAGUACGACUGACAAGACAGGGCAAACUCAAGAUUACCGUGAAGACACCGAAGCAAUCGACUUUUAAGAAAUUAUCCGGUAGCAACAACCACGACAACCACGACGACAACCACGACGACAACAACAAUAGCAACGCCAGCAACCAUGACAGCAACCAUGACAGCAACCACGACAGCAACCACGACAGCACCCACGACAGCAACCACAACAAAAGCACACCAAAAAACGCACUCAAGAAAAUUAAAAUCAUAUCGCCCAACAAGGUGGUCACGACGAAGCUACUAGCACCAGACACAAGGGUCAAAAACGACUCUGGAUACUAUGAAGAGGAGGACACACACAAGGACAAUGACGACUUUUGCUUUGCUUGUGGCAGACCGGGCAUUUUCAUCUGCUGCGAGUCGUGUCCGAAAUCCUUCCACUUUACAUGCUGCGAUCCGCCCUUGGAAGAACCCCCCGAGGAUGAUUGGUUUUGUCUAGAGUGCCUGGCGAAGAAGAACCCGCAGCUGUUGCCAAACUGGAAAGACAUUGGUAUUUUCGGGAAAUUGAUGAACAAUCUCCAGCAACGCAACCCCAAGGUCUUUGAACUACCGGCAAGCUUGAGAGAAGACACAUUUGUGGGCGUAACCACGGGAGACUUUGGCAACUAUUCCGACGACACGGAGAAGCCGCAUGUUCCGCCAAACAAGGCCAAUGGGUUCCAGAUACCUGGCUUCAACCGCGACCCCGAUUUGGAAAUUGAGUCGCUUUAUGACCGAAACGGGAACCCUCGUCUUUGCCACAAGUGCGGUGACUCGGGCCAGUUUCACCGCACAUUGAUCCACUGUGACUAUUGUCUGCUCGUCUACCACGUGGACUGUCUCGACUAUCCGAUGUUUGGUCCAAAAGCCAUUGGCGACAAGUGGAAGUGCCCCAACCACAUCUCGGACUUGUUGCCUCGAGGGUUGCCGGAAAUGAGACAGUUUAAGGAUACAAAGGUGGUGGAAAGCUCCUUGCAGAGCAACUUCUUGACAAUGUUGGCGGGAAGCAACUUUGUCAUCAAGUUUGAGCCGGGCCCUUUUGUAAAGGCCAACGGUGCAGCGAAACUCGAACCCGCAGAUAAGAUCAACGGACUUGAAACGUUGGCUUCGUGGGGAAGUGAUAUGAAUGCCAUUCACCCCAACUUCCAGCCGAGCCCAAGCUCUAAUGUCGAGGUGACAGACUACGGAGUUUGCCAUGCGCCCAAUCCAAAGCUACGCAGCGUACCAACGUCGGCUUCGCAGUCGUCGUCUAUCUACAGAAUUCCCGAGAAACUGAUCAUUUUGGACUUUGUCAACAAGUUCCAGCGCAAACACGACAUUAUCCACCAGAACCAAGAGUACGACUACAGAAGCCGGCUAGAGCAGAAUCCAGGCGAGCGGGAAGUCGUGUCUAGCCUUGCAUCUAUCAAGUCCCGACAGCAAGAUCUUAACUUCACGGCGUUGCUUGCGGCCGCCAACAUAGAGCAAGACAGCACCAAGGCCGACGACACUUUGUCUUACAAAGAGAUUCAGAAUUUGGUCAAGAUCAAAAAGCUAAUGGAGGCUAAAGGACAAGAAGCACUUUUAAACUUUCUCCAAUCGCAAUGA